CCCUGGCACUUUGCGCUCUCAACGUAACUUGUUCCUUCGCUUUGCGCUUCUGUGGGCCGGCGGCCUUGCCUAUACGCAAAUAGAAGAACUCCGGCAGCCAACGGGGUGGCGAGGCCCCGCGACGCAGUCUGGUGAUUGGCUGGCGCUCCGGGCAGCCGGCACCGCUAGUGGGAUAGGCUGCCCCCUUGCUGCGGCUGAGCCCGCGGAGGUGUCGGAGCGAGGCGGGCGGCAUGUGCAGAAAGGGCGGCGGGGCGGGCCUGCUGCCGCGCUGAGGGGCAAGGAGAGAGCCGGAGAUGGUGGCGGCCACGGUGGCGGCCGGGGCCGGUGGGCCGCCGCUUCUGGCCGCCCUCCUUCUCCUCCCACUACUGUUGCCGCCGCCUCCUCACGCCGCAGAAGGGGCCGGCCUGGCGGAGAAGGUGAUCUGGGCCGUGAACGCGGGUGGCGAGGCCCAUCUAGAUGUCCACGGCAUUCACUUCCGCAAGGAUCCACUCGAGGGAAGGGUGGGACGAGCCUCCGACUAUGGCAUGAAGCUGCCAAUCUUGCGAUCCAAUCCAGAGGAUCAGAUUCUAUACCAGACAGAACGCUACAAUGAAGAAACUUUUGGAUAUGAAGUCCCUAUCAAGGAGGAGGGGGAUUAUGUGCUCGUGUUGAAGUUUGCUGAAGUCUAUUUUGCACAGUCCCAGCAGAAGGUUUUUGAUGUGCGUGUGAAUGGGCAUGUGGUAGUGAAGGACUUGGACAUCUUUGACAGAGUUGGGCACAGCACAGCCCACGAUGAGGUUAUUCCUGUCAGCAUCAAGAAGGGGAAGCUGAGUGUUCAGGGGGAAGUGUCUACAUUCACAGGAAAGCUCAACAUUGAGUUUGUCAAGGGGUACUACGAUAAUCCAAAAGUCUGUGCACUGUACGUCCUCCGGGGAACAGUAGACGAUGUUCCAAAGCUGCAGCCCCAUCCAGGCCUGGAGAAAAAAGAGGAGGAAGAAGAUGAAGAGGAGUAUGAGGAAGGCUCCAGCACUAAAAAGCAGACCAAUAAGAACCGGGUCCAGUCGGGCCCCCGCACACCAAACCCCUAUGCCUCGGACAACAGCAGCCUCAUGUUCCCUAUCUUAGUGGCCUUUGGUGUCUUCAUUCCUACCCUCUUCUGCCUGUGCAGGUUGUGAGAGACAUGACAGCAAGGCUGGAAGGGAAGGAGGCAGACCAGACACAUAGCAGGUGUUUUGGUUUCUCCACCUUUCUCAUAAUUUAAGGAAAAUAAAGGGUUGUUAAGGAGUACCAGGGUGAGUUUGUAUCACAGUCUUUGAGGAGGGUGUCCAUCUUGCCUCUUCCCCAGCAGCAAGGCUCUGGGUUCUACGCAGCCGUACCACAAGCAGCCACCUUUCCUGCCCAGAGAACCUUGAUGCAAAGACUGGAUACUGAACUACCGUCCCUCCCCCUCAAGGAAAGGAAGAGGAGAUCAAAAGAGGGGCAGUACUAAACAGGGAGGUCAGAGGUUCAAAUGUUGGCUUUAAAAAAGCAGACUUUGCUUUUGAGCAUCCUUGGAUGGAAUAAAAUGUGUGCUAGAACUGCUGGGAAUGGAUGGGUUAGAGGGGCUUUUUGACAUUUGUAACUAAACAUAUGGUACUUCCUUUCUGUUAUGGAAGAAAGAAGGUUCACCCUUGCUGGUUGGUCUGUUGGUUUAAAAAUGCCUUUGAAGUCAGGGUUGUCAUUAGAGUGGGAUGAGCAAGUUGACCUGGGCAAGUUGCCUUGGCUGUGAGAAAUGUUCUUUGCUUCAUCACUGUAAUGCAGAACAGCCUCAGCCAUGAGCAGGCUCCUUUGUCAUGUCAUCUGUAACAUGGCUGCUUUUGUUUGUUGGGGUGGGGGGCUCUUUCAGACGUUACUUUUAGCUUUCACUUGUUCCACAGUUUAUUGACUCUCGUUCUGUCCCCUACUUUGUAUGAUGACAAAAACCUGAUUGGUAAACUGCCAUGGAGGUCUAGAAUAGCAGAGCAGUUGCUGAACUUUUCCUUGGGUAGCCUCUGAUUUCCUUGAGCCAGAAGCCUUGCUGCCUUGGGAGCUGAAGAGAUAUCUCUGCCUGUGAGAGUAACAGGGGGGACCUUGGGCACAACUUUUCUCUCUGACCUCAGAACCAUUCGAGCUCCUUCUGGACCCUCAAGAUGAAGUUUUAGUGGUCUAUGCCAGUUUCGCUUUAAAAGAGUUACAAGCAUAUUGGCUGCAUACAUAAAAGCAGUUCAUAAAAAUUAGUUGCAUCCCAAGGAAUGCAAACUGAAAGAUGGACAGUGAAAACGUGUCUCAGUGAAAUAUCCAUACACAGUGCAAAAUUGGGUGAAUUGGGCAUCCAUUCCUAAUUUUGCUAAGAGAUUUUGAUGUGUAUCUGAGAAGGAUGUUAGCUUGUGAUAUGGGAGGAGCCAUGAUCAUUGAUGUGGUCUAUAGUGGUCUUUCAUGGGCCAGCCCUGGCAGCCAGGACCCUACCCGGUUUCACCCUAGUUGAAUCCACUAAACCUUUAUAUUGGGUUUCUGUGGCUUUAUAAUGUCGUCCCUCCACUCUGGUGGCUUCAACUAAAGGGAGAAUGGCAGUCCCUGCUAGGUUAAGAAUAGAGUGGUGCAAAACUCCAUCUUGAUAAACUGGAAGAUAGUUGCAUUGUGAUUAUUCACUCAAGGUGUAGCUAGAGCUCCAUUAUACUCUUUCCAUAGAGAUGUUCUUCAGUUCACGCUCACUAGUAAAUCAUCAUGUCAACUCUGGUCAGGUUAACCUUUGCAAUGUGUUCUUUCCUGGACUCUUAAGUUUUCCUCAGCUAUAAGUUUCAUUUUGCCACUAAGUGGCUUAAAAAGUACAGCUCAAGGGUGUGAUGAUAGAAGGUCAUUCAGGUGCUAACAACUGGAUGUGUGCAAGUCUGACUUGCUACUGAUCUCUUCCAAGGUACCGUUCUAGGGCAAGUGGGGGAUAAAGUUAGGACUCCAUUGCCAACAGAUGCAUUUAACAGCCAUCUAUUCCUCUUCCUCCCUAGCUUGGAAUCACACUUCAAGGAAAGCCUGUCUAAAUGUGAACCCUGCUGUGCUUUUGACCCCAAAAAGCUUUUUGGAUUAAACAGGAUGUAUGUCUUAACCGCCGUCCCUCCCCCCGCCCCCCCAAUCAUCCCACCUCUAGUUUUUCUAGUUUUCCACUUGGCUGUUGAACCUCAUCUAGCAUUCUGAGAAGCUGGUAGGAAUUAGGUACUUUUAGUUUAUGGUACAUCAUGAACAUUUGCCAUUGUUUUUCCAUCUCUCUCUUUUUUUUUUUGCUAGCUCUAGAUUUGCUUAAAGCAAUAGGAAAUAGUGUUUGAUGCUUUAGAUCCCAAAACUAUGAAGAGUGGCUUUGGAAGCCAUACAGCCACAGCAGCUCUGGCUAGGUGAUUUGACCUGCUUAUUCUUCAUGGCAGAUGGGUGGUACGUGAGCUCACAGGAGUGUGUUCUUGUGGCCAUGAGUAUAAAUAAGAUGCUUUGUUUUUAUACUGUUCUCAUUUGUGCCUUUCCUUUCUGAUUACUGUUGCUGUUUAUUUGGAGGCUUGUUUCAUAAGUAAAUAUGAGAAGAUUGCCUGAUCUCUCCAUGUAGAAUCACCAGAUUCUACUUGGGUCAUCUUAUUUCCACGGUCGACAGAUUAAAAACAGAAGUUUUGCAAGAACAGCUUUUAUUAGAACGGAAAUAUAGCAGCCAUUAGUGGCACCUGGUGGAGUCUUGAAACCUUGGUUCUGCUACUUUCUCCAGCCCUGCAUUGGCAUGUUUUGAAGGGACUGAUGGCUGUUCAUCACUUAAUUGAAUGAGCCUUGUCUGUUCCAUUUCAGAGGGUUGUGAAUCCCUAAAGGAGGAGUAAGUUUGCUGUAAAGAAGGAGGCUUUAGCCCUGAAGAGGCAAGAACCAGAUUGCUUCAGUGAGAGAUUUGGCAGCUUUUCUCAGUCAUUUGAUGGUGGCAACUGCAGAGAAGGACUCAGGUUGCAAGAGCAAUCUUCUGUGAGGAAAUGCUGUAAUUUAUUUGGUUUGUACUUCAUGAUGAAAUGGAAUAGGGCACUGAUAGUAUCUGUCGAUCAAAAGACACUUAUUUCAUCCAGGGAGCAGAUUCUCCAAUAUCUGUGCCUAGGUGUGGGGAAUAAUUGCUGGAUAACUUUCUUUAUUCUGUGCAUGUACCAUUCUAAUCACUAUAUAGUGAACGGCUUGAAUAGUUUACCUGGCCUGGAAGUCAGAGUCCUCCAUUUCAUUUACACAACAAGGAUGUUUCCGGUUUGUUUUUCUGAUUUUAGUUGUUUUGGUUGUAAUUAUAAAGUCUGAAAGCUUUUUUUCCAUCUCCAGUGCUUUGUGUGGCAUAGGGAGCUGUCCCAUCGGGUGUGAGGGUACCUCAGAGUGAAAUGAAAGGAAUGCCAAAGUGAAUGUAUGCAUUUGUUGUGCCUUUUUAUUUUUGAGUUGUAAGAUAGCAGCUUUAGCUUAUAACGAAGCUUCUGUUUUAAGGAACUUUGUUUAAAAACUGCAUCUAAGAAUGCAGGGAGCAGGAACAGUGAGCUGAAUAUUUCCCCUUGUUCACAGAUAGCAGGAAAACAGAUUACUUCAUCUUAUCGAUCCUGUGCUGAAAUGUCAUAAUCCUAAAUCUGCUUGGGGGCUCAGGCUCCCGUUCCUGUGUGGUAAAAAACAACAACCCAAGUACGCUGACAAGAACCUUCCAGUUUGCCCUCCACAAAGUACCUCUAACCUGACCUCCUUUUUAAGGAAGGUCCCUUCCUGCACUUGGCAAGGUUAUGUUUGUGGAAACCUAAAAGCACCACUGGGGGUUAGAAGUGAAAUGUUUGUCUCCUUAUAACAGGUGUCAAGUAAGACCACCUUAAGCUACCCCUUGGACUUCAUGCCAUCUCAGGUUAUCUGUGCAUGCCAACCAGUCACCUUUUGCUGUACUGCCUUUGCAGGAGCCUAAUGCUGAUGAUGAUUAUUGUAAGGCUCUGGGACGUUGCCUCGACUCCAUUGUUUUAAAUCAGUAUCCUUUCCCAGUGUCCUGUAUUUAAUUAUACAUUAGUAAGACAAUGGUGGGAGCCACAAGCCCUCUCGCAUGCUAGGACAACGUAAUGGAAAAUCUGGAUCAUGUUGCCCUUUUGUGGAGGAUUUUAUACUCCUGAUGUCCACGCUUUGCUUGCAAAAGGUAUUUCUGCUGUGGGGAUAGGUAAAUAACUGGGAGCAUACUAUCCCCCUAUUGCUCAAGGUCCAAGCUCCAAUUGCUAAAGAAAUUUUUGCAGUUCAGACCUAAGCACUCUGUUAAUUCUAGAAAAUUGGAUCUAUUGGAUCUGGUGGGAGUCUUGAGAUUCUUAAAAUAUUAUAAACUUGAGCUUCUGGUCUGCUGCUGUGUCUGUUUUGAUCAAGGAACAUCUUAUUUACUAGAUGGACAUCAUGAGUAUCAGAUAGAGCUAAAACCUGAUGUAUUCAGCUGGAUGCAAAUUAAAAUAAUUACUUGAACAGUCCAGUAGAGACAAAAUAUUACUGGAGCCUGUAAGCUUUCUUUCCCUCCUAGUAAAUAGGCUAUUGUGCUGAGUCCCCAAGAGAGUAAUGGUAGAGGCUUUUUCUGUCUUCCUGGCUAUUAGUUGCUUGGUAGAAUAAUAUUUUUUUUUACAUGGGAAUGCUUUUAUGUGGUGCUACACACACUUUGUCUGGUCAACAAAUAUCCUUAAUACCACUGUUGAUAGGACAUUUUAGUGUGUUUGUUGUUUUGUUCCUCGUCCUUCUUCCCCAAUAAGUGCUUUAUUUUAACAAACUGAAGUGCUCUGAAUUCUCCCAAGCAAGUUUGUAUGACUAGGUACAAUGUUUACCUUUCAAGCAUUUAUGUAGUAGUAGGAAAUAUCUGGGGAUGUUGCUACCAGCUUAAAGGAGGUUUCUCGGAAUAGUUGUUCAAUUUGCUGUCUGUGAACAUUAUGGUUUCCAUGGAUCUAAUUCAGUAUAGAUUUUUGAAUGUAAUCUUUCUCCAAAAACUUUUGGAGGCAGAUUGGCUCACUAUCUAAGGAUCAUCAUCCACUCCCCACAGCAGGAUAUGUAGGUAAUAGGGAUCCAUAGAACUGUCUGGAGAGGAAUCAUGGAGGAAUAAGCUUUUUAAAGCAUACAUGUGCCUCCUAACUUUGAAUUGCUGUUCCAGUUGAUGCUGUGGAGUCAGUCUUAAGAUUACUUUGCGUUUUAGGAGUUUCAGUACCAUAGGCUAUCCUCCAAACCUUGUUUCAGGGAAGGAAAUUGAACAUAUAGCUUGGGUUGGAGUACGGAUGUCUGAGAAUCCAGGAUUGUGUUGUCAGAAUCAUUCUCAGACACAGAGCAGUUUUCUUUCUCCUCUUGGGCGCAGGGAAACUUCCUGUAUUGUUCUCCUGUCUUGUUAACUGUACACAGGAAGUGGUCAUUUGGGUGAGUCUAAGAAAUGCAUACCUAAGAAAUUUCAGAGAAGAAUCACCAACAGCUAUUCUAGAAAAGAACCUGCUUGUUUUUUUCCCAUUCGAAUUCCUAAGCAUGCAGGGUCAAAUUUUUACUCCUAUCAAGCUGCGUUUGGGGGCAGAUAAGCAGUCUUCAACUGUUGCCUGAUCAUAAUAUAUCUUACAGUAAUUGUUGUGCAUAUUGCAUUUCACUCAUCCCUCUUUGGAUCCCUACCCUUUCUUAUGAGGCAUUGGUCAUGUUUUCAGGCAGCUGAUCUCAAGGGCUUUUAGGACAACUCUGAUCUUGAAGGUCUCAAGCCUAAAUUGAGUGACACAGAUUUUCUUACUGGACAUUCUUUUUCAUCAGCUUCAGAGUUACCACAUAGCUUUUACAGAUUGUGUUCAUAACUGUCACUUGCCUUGUGUUUUCAAUGAUUUGCAGCAGUUCUUUUUCUUAUUGGUUGGGGAUUUUUAAAUCACAAAUGUAGGCAAAGGGUGAAAAGCACAGAUGGAUUGGCUUUGCAAAAUGAUUUUCUUUCCCCCCCUGGGGAAGCAGAAGGGGUAUUGUUGAGUUGUUCUGGAUUGAUUCCCUCCCCUUCAAUUUGGUACGUUUAGCUGCUUUUUUUUUAUUUGGGGGAGGGGAUGUCUCCCAGAAUGACUGGUUGAGGGAAAUGUUCUGAAAUUUACUGCCUGGCAGUUUUAACCAGCAGUGUGUUAAAAGAAAUAAACAAAAUUAUAUUGUCAA